CGCCAGUUCACGACGUUUUGUAUUGUCAACCGCUUGAUAAUAUGCACUGUUGGUGUCGCGCAAGGCUUCUCCGCUCGUUCCCUCACCCUCCUCUCGACCGCCGACGAUGCCCCAUAUCAACCGUAUUGACACAUGGAUCGCCCAUGAACGCGUUCAUGUUGAAGGCACAUACCAGCUCGUCGCGACGUGAUGACCGUAUUGCCGAUGGGUUUACACGCCGCACGAUGAUACGAGGCCGUAGACGACACAAGAGGGGAGUAGGGUCGGCAACCUGUAGGCCUAUACAAUGGUGUUGGAUAACGUCUCAACUGUUUAACCGUGAUCGCGAGAAGAUGCUUCGAUGUUAUUGAAACCAAACAUUUGGCUACACUGAACAGAAUCUGCUGGCUGCUCGAUUCAGCUGGCCUUGUGAAGAUUUCCGCCCAUGCUCUCGCUUCCUGCCUCGCCUGAGAACCCGCUCACUUCGUAUGGGCGCGUUUCUCCCACCAUACUCAAUCCACAGAAUUUCGAGAUACAACUUCACGAUGCCGUUUUCCCGCUCACGACAAUCCGCCUGGUAGAUAACACGAAGGUAGUCCACCAAUUCUGCGAUGUGAUCAUGGAGGUGACUAGUCACACGCUACCGAGACGCGGCGUGUGCUGGAUUGGAAGUUGCGAUGCGUGUUGUCAGCAACUCGAUAUCACCAUAUACCCCAUCUCGCGGUCGAUGACGAAUAUGGCGGAGACCCUUCUGAUUAGAAGAUUCCUAUUCAAAUCCUGGUACCGCACGGCAGUUGUUUUGGCGAGAAUAUCGAUGCAAGUGUCAUACAGUACAACCAUGCUAAACAUGUUCGCCAUAAAGUUAUCCAGCGGUGCGUCUCAUGCCACAGUCGCAUUCGCCAGGCCUAUUUCAUAGUGCCAACGGUCACAAGAGGGUUUGGUUUGGUUCGCUGCUGCAGGGAAGAAAACGAGGCGCUUCAUGUACUCCUAGAGGCGCUUAGUGUUGGCUUCAAGUCGAGACGCCCUUGAACAGAUUUUGUUGUCGAGAGUUGACGGAAAUAUCGAUGGUGCGGAUGGCAGCCUUCAGGUCAAUGAGAAAGAAACUACGGCUGGCUUUCUGCGAUUUCUCAUCAUGUCGCCGCGACUUAAGGUAGGACGCUCCGGGACGACGUAACAGAUCAUGACGCGGGGGAAUGGAAGAAAGUCGUGAAUAACUAUCCUCGUUUCUUACUGCACGUGGUGAAUUCCCC